UUCUCAGUAGUCCUCAUUGUCCGCUAUGUUCAGCGAGUCCGGUUUUAUCCCCAGCGAGUCCGGUUUUAUCCCGGGCUUUUUCAGACCCAGGCCAGCUGGCCUUGGUGAGUUCCCGAUAGAACAUCCCCAUUGUCUCAGUGUGUGGGUGCACCCCUCGCGGUACUGAGUUCCUUGCUCAUGCUCUCUCUCCUUCUGCUCCUGAUUUGGACCUUGCGAUUUCUGUCCGGUGCUCCAAUGUGGGUCUCUGUCUCUGUCUCCUUUCAUUGCCUGAUGAAGGUUAAUAUUCAGGAGGAUGCCUAUAUGUUUUUCUUUGGGUUCUCCUUCUUAUUUAGCUUCUCUAAGAUCACGAGUUAUAGGCUCAAUGUCCUUUAUUUAUGGCUAGAAACCAAAUAUGAGUGAGUACAUCCCAUGUUCCUCUUUUUGGGUCUGGCUUACCUCACUCAGGAUAGUGUUUUCUAUUUCCAUCCAUUUGCCUGCAAACUUCAAGAAGUCGUUUUUUACUGCUGAGUAAAAGAGUGUUUUGUCUGCAUGUUUGUUUGUGCACUUUCCAUAUGUGUGCAGGGGCCACAAAGACCAAACAGGGGUGUCAGAUCCCUUGGGACUGGAGUUACAGAUGAUUGUAACUGCCGUGAGUAUGUUGGGAAACAAACCUGAAGCCUUUGCAAGAGCAGCCAGUUCUCUUAACUGCUGAGCCAUCUCUCUGAUUCCUUUAGCAUUUAUCUGAGUAAUUUAGCUGUAUCCACUUCCUUUUGAUUACUGCACAAAAUAGAACAUUCCCAUCCUCUCUGCCUUUUCUUGUUCUCAUGCCUUAAACGUGUCUUCUUACAGGGUGACCUAACUGUCAUCUAUGUCAAGACAUUUCAAUAAGAGGAGAGGACCAAGGUGAUUUCCUGUGACAGCCCAGAAGAUAUAAACAAGAUGGAACAACAUGAUUCCAGGAGCACACACCGGCAUGAGAUUUCCAUCCCUUCCCAUUCCUGGUCCUUGGACAUGUUGUUACGCAAAUUGAAGGCCAUAGAGCUCAAGAGGGAUGACAAGCUGGCCAGUGUUCUGGAUGCUGUGGGGGAGUUCGGCACAUUCCAGUGGAGGCUGGUGGCCCUCACUUUGAUCCCCUAUGGGCUGCUGUCCUUCUUCAUGUUCUCAGAUAGCUUCGUUCUCACCGCCCAGAAACCCUACUGUAACACCAGCUGGAUCCUGAAAGUGGGUCCCAACCUCUCAGUGGCUGAGCAGAUGAACCUGACCCUGCCCCGAGCACCUGAUGGCAGUUUCCAGACCUGCCUCAUGUAUAUACCAGUGUUGUGGGAUCUCGAUUCCAUCAUCCAUUUUGGCCUCAAUUAUACAGAAACAUGCAGAUAUGGAUGGAUCUACCCUUAUGCUGAGAAGCGCUCCCUGAUCAAUGAGUUUGACCUGGUAUGUGGCAAUGAACCAAACAAAGAGAACAUGCUGACUGUGUUUCUGGCGGGCUUCUUGACAGGGUCUCUCUUCUUCGGGUUCUUAUGUGACAAGAUAGGCCGCUAUCCCGUCUUCCUGAUGUCACUGGCAGGCUUCCUCUUCUUCGGCUUCGGAACAGCCUUUGUGAAAAGUUUUAACCAGUAUCUGUUCUUCCGCUUCACUACAGCCCAGGCAUCUCAGGGCUACGGCAUCAGCAGUUCGUCUUUAGUCAUGGAGUGGCUGGUGGGCGAGCACCGGGCCCAUGCGAUCAUCCUGCAGCACUGCUUCCUUGGAUUAGGGAUCAUUCUCCUGUCAGAAGUUGCCACCAAGACUUUCCACUGGAGGCUCGUGUUCUUGCUGGCUGGCGCACCCUUGUUUCCCAUCAUCUCCAAUAUCUGGGUUGUCCGGGAAUCCCCACGGUGGCUGAUGGUCAAAGGGAAGGUGGACGAGGCCAAAAAGGUUCUGUGUUACGCAGCUGAGGUGAACAAGAAGACCAUCCCUUUAAAUCUACUGAAUGAGCUGCAGCCGCCGGCAAAGAAGGUGAAGAAGGUCUCGAUCCUGGACUUCCACACCAAUCAGUACCAUUUCAAGGUGGUCUUGACCAUGGCCUGUGUGUGGUUUUCCAUCAGUUACAGCUUUUUCACACUGAACCUCAAGUUGAAGGAUUGUGGGAUAGAGACCUACCUCAUUCAAAUAAUCCCAGGCAUUCUGGGGGUGUCGGCCCGGCUGUAUUGCAUCGUUCUACUGGAGAAUUUGGGGAGAAAGUGUACCCUCUUCCUGAACCUCAUUCUGGCUACCAUCUCGUGUUUCUUCCUCCUUUUCCUUACUCAAGAGCUGAAGUCGAUGGUAAUCUUGAUGCUUGUGCUUGGACACUUUAACAUGGCAGCCAGUAUCACUGUGUUCUUCAUCUACACCUGUGAGCUCCUACCCACUGCUCUCAGCAUCCACAGAGAGUCUAUUGACUCCAAGAGGAAAAGCCAGGACGUCACUGCAAUGAUGCUAUCUGAGGAGUCCAUGUCUGACAUCUGGGUUGACGAUGUGGCAAAGAAUACCAUUCUCAACACCCUGCCACUAAAAUCAGAAGCAAGCGGGUUCUCCAACACCGACUUGAAGGAACCCAGCAACGGGGAGGAACCCAGUCCAGAUCCCUGAGGGCCAGGUUCCCCAGAACAUUGUGGACUGGAGUUUACUGCCAGGGUUGAGGGACAUGGAUUCAAAGUCUCAAAUUCUAGGCCUAGUCUGGCUUGUGGGGAGAAUCUGUCCUUCUCGAAGGCCAGGCCUCAGGAGCUAAAAAUAGCCCCUUGUAUAGGGGGAGUUAAAUUGUGAUUUAUCCAAUAAAAUAUCAUGUUGUUCUUGAGAUGGUUAGGUCAAAGUUGUCACGACAACCCAGAGGAUGCAGCCCAAACAGGUAUGGGGUGGUGGUUAGAUAGGCAACCAAGGCUUUUCAGGAUCUUUGGCUAAAUCCUCAGGGACAGCAAAUUAUUCUCUGGAUGGAGUGGCUGUAGUGUGGGCAAUCUCUCUGUGGUUCAGAGCAAGAACAAGGGUAUCGAUUAUAACCUCUAGCCCAGCUAGCAGCUCAAUGCCAGGCCGAGGACGGAACCGAUCAAGGUCUGGACAGAAUGUGAGGGAUUACCAAGAAUGUCCCUCAUAGCUUAGGCCAGUCUCACUUCUUCCCCCUUGGUAUUCCAAAUAAGUAUGGCAUGAAAGGUCACCCACCACGAGCUUUAUCCUGAGAGAUGUCCUCUAAGAGCUUCAGGGAAGCUGACCUCUGACCUCUACCACCCCAAGAAAAAAGUCCUUGGGACAUUUUGUGCUAAUUGUCAACUUGACACAAUCUAGAAUCAGCUGGGGAUCAUGUCUACAGGAGAGGAUCUCGAUCAGGUGAGUUGCCAUGGGAACUCUGCCUGCUGUAUGUGGUACCCAUUCCUUGAGAUGGGUACUAAACUGCAUGGAAAAAGGUUAGCGGAGAAGCAGCCAGUGUGUAUUUAUCCCUUUCUGCUUCUUGAUUGUUGCUGUAAUAUCUGCAAGGUCACCACCCUGAUAAACUGUGACCUCAAACUCUAAAACUCUGAGCUCAAAUAAACCCUGUGUCCCUUGAGCUUCUUCUGUCAUGACAUUUCAUCCCAGCAAAGGAAAAGCGACCCUCCUAGUCAGUCAGCUUGACACAGCCUAGAGUUGUCUGAGACGAGGUGGAAUUAUUAUAAGAGCCAGAGGGUACAGAUGUCUCCAAGGAAUCCACGCCUUUCAGGCACAAUAGGAGAGAUGCUCACGUGAGCUCAGACUGUAGAGCAAGCCCGAGACUUGCAUAGGGGCAGAAGGGGAAGGACACAAGCUUCCUCCCCUAACCAAUUAGCUCUCUAAGGAAGACACUAGCUGCAGUAGAUUUCCUGCUGGCAAAGGGGACAUGGCUUUUCUCUAAUGGAUUGUCACUGGGUCCUGUGUCUAUCAACUGCACCUCAGGGCAGGUCCCGUGCCCAGGAGCAGCUGGCCAGCACAAGUGAACUGGGUAGGAGUUUUGUUGGGUUUUUGUUUCAGUAUUCUGUGUUCUUACAUUUUCUUUUUCUUAUUAGUCUUUUACUUGCUGUUAU